AUGAGCCAUCUAUUCGUCAGAUUAUUGAAAGAUGAACAGGAACCCCAGAACACAACAAAAAUCGCAGCAGUUCCUAAGAAAGAUGUAAGAAUACUUUGCUUCGUUUUGGCUUACUCCAGGAGCAAUAUGGCGACACAUGUCAAACGCACUUGGGGAAAGCGCUGCGACAUUCUACUAUUCAUGAGCUCAGUGUCGAAUAAAGAACUACCUACGGUCAAGUUGCCUGUGGGUGAAGGGAGACACAAUCUGUUCAAAAAAGUUAGGGAAUCAUUCAAAUAUGUGUACGAGCAUCACAUAAAUGAUGCGGACUGGUUUGUGAAAGCUGACGAUGACACUUAUAUGAUUGUUGAGAAUUUGCGAUACUUGCUCCAUCCUUAUUCGCCAGAGAAGCCUCUUUAUUUUGGAAUGAGAAUUAGGAGCAUGCAUGGAUCUAAGAACUAUACGUAUAUGUCUGGAGGCGCUGGUUAUGUCCUUAGUCGUGAAGCUGUACGACGUUUGGUAAAAAAAGCAUUCCCUUAUCCCAGUAAGUGCAAGAAACAAGCUUACGAUGAAGAUGUGGAAAUGGGAAUCUGUCUGCAAAAUGUGAACGUUGUGUCUGGGGACUCCCGUGAUGAGAAAGGACUUGAGCGCUUCAAUGGACAUAACCCUAGAGGUUUACAUAGUGACAAAAUGUUUUCUCAUUGGAUUAUGUAUAGAAUAUAUUACAAGAAAAAAAAGAGCGAUCUUUGUUGUUCAAGUAACGCCAUAUCUUUUCAUUAUAUAACUUCGGGUCAAAUGUAUCUUUUUGACUAUCUCAUUUAUCGUUUCCAACUAUAUCGAGAUACAAAUUCCCCCAUUAAGCUGCAGAUAAAUCUAUAUCAUCAUCUAUGA